AUGGCCGCUUGCAGCUCAGCUGGGGCUUAUGUGGGCUUAGGCGAUGGACGAGCCUAUCUCCGGUCCUUCGAGAAUGUCAUGGACUUCGUCAUAGUCCUCGUGUCGGUACUGAACGACAUCCAGAACUGGUUCCUUGGUGGCGGUGGAAUCAUCCAAGUGAUGAAAAUCUUCAGGGUGGUCAGGAUGUUACGGCCUUUGCGGCUCAUCUCCCGCAACAAGAAUCUGAAGGUUGUGGUGAAAACCAUUUUGGCGGCUGUGCCCGAGCUGCGGAACCUCCUGGUCUUCAGCUCCUUGUUCUUCCUGAUCUUCGGCCUGCUUGCUGUGGGGAACCUGAAAGGCUCCUACCAUAGCUGCAGGGACAGUGCGCUGGAGAACUUGGACUUCAGCCCAGUCGAAGGCGGCACACCCAUGUGCGUCAAUGAGGUGAGCAACACCUCGUUGAAAGUCUUGACGCAGAGGGAAAGCGCCUGCUCCGAUGCCUGGCAGAGACCUUCCGCAGAUACGCCCGUCUGUGAGGUGCACUGCGACGGCUCCAGCCACGCCUUCUGUCAGACCGCACCGUGGGGGUACCACAUCAUGCGGUGUAGCGACUGCAGCGCAGCCUUUUGCACAGAGGACCAGGACCGCCGAGAUGCCUGCAGCCAGCAUUGUGCAACGCAUGAAUACUUCUGCAAGGCAGGUGGAGCAGACUGUUUGGAGCAAUGCGUAGCUACGUGUCUUUGCGGCACACACUGUUGGGGCUUGAUCAAGGAUGCUGCUCUUUGCACGGAGCAGGGUGGCAAGUGGGUGAACAUGAACGAGAACUUCGACAACCUUCUGGUUGGCACGAUUGCCCUGUUUGAGAUCAGCACAACUGAAGGAUGGGUUGACGUCAUGCUGGCGGCAGUGGACAGCAGAGGGCCUUAUCUUCAGCCCAGGCGUGAUGCCAACGAAUUUAUUGGUUCCAUGCUUUUCGUGGCCUUCAUGCUUAUAGGAAGCUUCUUUGUGCUAAACCUUUGCGUUGGUGUCAUCAUUGACAAUUACAAUCGACAAAAGAAGGAGAGCGACAUCGGCUAUGUGCUGGUUACGGAGGCGCAGGCUGCGUGGAUGACACAGAUGAAGGCGCUGUACUUGUGUCGAACCUUCUUCACCCAAGUAAACGUCGAUAGGUUGGGGCCCUCCAGGCAGCACCGAUUCAGGAUCAUCACUUCCGCGGCCUUUGAGAACCUGAUCAUGGGCUGCAUCGUUCUGCAGCUUUGCUUCCUGACCAUGGUGUGGCAGCCGCGCGAGAUCGGCGGCUCCUUGGAAAUCUUCCUGAACUCUUGCAACGUGUUCUUCACGGUGAUCUUCCAUGCGGAAUGCUUUGUGAAGCUGAGCGCUUUGCACUGCAACUAUUUCCACGAGUACUGGAAUGUCUUUGACUUCAUUUGCGUAAUCACAAGCGAUGUCGUGGCAAUCCUCGAAGCUUCGAUUGAAGGGAACUCAUCGGUGAAUCUCAGCGCUUUGGUUAGCGCACUACGCAUCUUCCGUGUCGCCCGGCUCUUCCGGCUCGUGAAGUUUCUGAAAGGUCUCAACAAGCUGCUUUUGGCGUUCGCCCUCUCAGUCCCCAAGCUUUUCAAUGUGGGCCUAGUCAUGGUGCUGUUGCUUUACCUCUACGCAGUGCUCGGAGUCAGCCUCUUUGCCAAGGUGGCCUACACGGGUGUGGGCGUCUACGGUCCUCAGGCCAACUUCCGCACCUUCUUCAACGCCAUCUCCUUGCUGAUUCGAUCCAUGACUGGAGAAGGCUGGAACUUCAUAAUGCACGACUUGAGCAAAGACCAGUGGUAUUUUCAGAGCGUUCUCGAGAAGACCUGCUCAGAGCUCGAUCUGGAGAUGAUGGACUUUGCAGCUCUGGACCUCAACAAGGAUGGGUUGGUUGACAAUCCCACGGAGUGUGGCUCCCUGCUGGCCUUUGUGUACUUCAUCUCGUACACCAUAUUGGUGAGCUUUGUGAUUCUCAAUCUCUUCAUUGCAGUUAUCUUUGAGGGCUUCGAGGAGAGCAGGGGCAGCGAGCCGAUGGAGGUGAUCACCAAAUGUUUGGAGAAUUGGGAGAGAUAUGACCCUUUCAACACCAUGCUGGUUCCGUUGCCCAAAGCCCUGGACUUCAUCGAUGAGACAGUGGAGGAGUUGAUGAAUGCAAAGCAGCCGCAGAAGGGCCAGUGUGCACCGGAGUCCCGUUGGGACUCACGCAGCACCAUAGAUAUGAGCGCGUCUGAUGCAAUGUGGUCUAUGUAUAACUUGCACUAUGUUCGCACGCUCGGGCUGCAGAUUCGCGCGGACGGCAAGGUGCGGCUUGUGCAAGCCUUCAGGGCCAUCAUGCGGCGCCUUGUGAUUAGCGGCGGCCCGUACAGUGUCUAUUUGCCUCAGCAUGAAAGACGGCAAAGGGUCAAAGAAGUAGAGCUUGUGGAAGCCAUGAUCCUCAACGCGGACACUGAACCGGACCUGGCAGAGUUACAGGCGCUGGAAGCUCGACAGACAAGGCACAUCCAGGAGGCACUGGGAAGCCCAGCGCCGAUGCCAAUGCGGGGCGCAAGGGGAGGCGCUUCAGACGAGGAGGAGUUCGACAUGCUGCAGAAGGUUGCGGCCGCAAAGAUCCAGCGACGCAGCAAGGAGUCCCUGCAGCGGCCGCGGAUAGGGCGCGGUCCGACAGCGUCACGGCCUUCGGGCAUGGCCCAAUCACCCGACUGCGGCAUGCGCCGCGGGAUUCUCCCCCUGGGAAGUGUCCUUUUGCUUCCUGUGGAUGCUGCCGGCGUGCUGGGAUCAGGCCCUGCAGCAGGCGCCUUGGUCAUUGGAUCGGAGGACCUUGGCAAAGUGCGUGGAGCCUUGGGGCGGAUUGCAGAUGAGAUUCACUUGGUCCUGGGGAUCUUGGACCAACACCUCGAGGCCUCAGUGCCAGCUCCCAUGCUUCAUCCCCAUGAAGUUCCAGGGCUGUCUGAGGACCUCCAGCUGCGGGCGCGACAAGUGGAGGCUGCGAGGCGCGCUGCAGCGGAGGUGGCCGGCAGAGCUGCGGGCGUGGCAGGAACCGCUGCCGCGCUAGCUGCUGGUGACUUCGUGCCCAUGCCACGAGCGACUGAGGGGACCGCUGUGAAGCCGCAACCGGAGCCGAAAGAGGAGAUGCAGGGGUCGCCUGUCUUCGCGUGGCUCUGGACUGGCGCGACGUCACUCUUUUGGGUGGGUGUCUUCUUCCUUGACAUUGCCAUUGUGAUAGGGAUGCAGAUCUUUCUGGAGUCCAUUGGGCGCAAGCGGGGCACCGGCCGCGAGAUUAUGUCGAGCAAAGCCAUGGCCAACGCGCUCAAGGCCGGCGCCAAAGCCAUCCCGGAGCCCAGUGCAACAAGCACGCAGCGCUUGUCUGUCCUCUCCCAGGAGGAACUCUUGGCCGCCGUUCUGACCGAGCACUGGGUGAAGAUUGUCAUAGGUCUUGGCUUGGCCGUUGCCUUCCGCUUGCCCCAGUGCUUCCUCAAUCAGGAUGGUGUGGUGUUCCACAUGCUGUUUACGCUGGCCAUGGUGCUGAGAUUCAUGUCUCCAGUCAUGCUCUGGUUCAGAGAUGACAUGACCUUGCCCAAAAAAGAGAAGGCUACGCUGGCGGCAGAGGGUGCCUUUCCUGUGGGCAAUCCGGGCAAUGCGAGUGCGGGCAACGCGGGCACUGUGGGCACGACGCCUGUGACUCCAAGAUCGCCCACAACGCCAAGGAAGAGUCAGUGA